AUGCCUCCGACAAAGUGCAAGUACUGGGACAAGUGUUUCCGUAACUCGGAGAUGCACCGGGAACAGUUCCUGCAUCCAGUGGAUGAGGAUGAGGAGGAAGACACUGGAAAAGCGGAGGGGGUGAAAAAGAAGGCAGCAGAAGCACCAAAGGAAAAGAUGGGCGGCGCUUCGGCAGUAUCAAAGACCCCGAAAAAGUUGGUGAAAAUGGGCGGGGCCCCUAAAGCUGAGGAAGACGAUAUGGACACAACGCCAGUAAAAGACGUAAAGGCACUGAAGAGGAAAACACAUGCCAUGAGUCAGAGUGAUGGAGAAGAUGAGGAGGAUGAGCCUGUUGCUGCAUCUCCAUCCAAGAAAGCCAAGUCAGAGGACAAGGACGAUGAAGAGGCGGGUCCGAGCGUGGUGAAGAAGGUGCGACUGAGGUGCAAGUACUGGGACGAGUGUUACCAGACAGGGCAAUCCCAUCUCAAACAGUACAUACACCCUGGGGACUAUGAUGCUCCUGAAGAAGAUGUCGAGAAGAAGAAGACAAGAGGAAAGACAAAGACACCACUCAACGAGAUGAAGGAUGGGGAAGCUAUUGAUGUAGACUCGGCAAGAAUCAAGAGGAGUGGAGACAUUUAUGAGUGCACGUGCCCCAUGUGGCAGAAGCAGAAACAUGAUGAAGAAUAUAGGACCUGCAAGCAUCUCCAGGAAUACCUCGGAGAAGAAUUCGAGAACAGUAGAACCGAUAAGCCAGCCAAGAAGAAGAAGGCUUACAUCCCUCAACACAUCAGUGUCAGUGUCCUCUUGGCCCAGAAGUAUGACCCAAAGGCAACGAACCCAGUUGGAUGGUGGAUGAGUGAAAAGCUGGAUGGAGUUCGAGCAUUUUGGAAUGGAAGGUGUUUCUACUCCAGGCUGGGCAAUGCUUUCAUCGCACCUGAGUGGUUCACCAAGGAUCUACCAACAGACAUGCACUUGGACGGUGAACUGUUCGGUGGGCGUGGCAAGUUUCAGUCGACUGUCAGCAUCGUAAAGACACCAGGGGAUGAAAGGUGGAAGAAGAUCUCAUAUCAUGUAUUUGAUGUUCCCAGCCUAGAGAAACAACCCUUUGAGAAACGCUACGAGGAACUGCAGGGUUACUUCGACAAAGCCAAACCGAAGUAUGCGGUUCUGUGCGAGCAGACCAAGUGUACCAGUAAGGAACAUGUGGAGGAGGAGCUGGAGAAGGCCAUUGACCUCGGUGGGGAGGGCGUCAUGCUGCGAGAACCGAAGUCAAAGUAUGAGAGACGACGGUCACCGUCGCUGCUGAAAAUGAAGAAGUUCCAUGACGCAGAGGCCGUUGUCAUUGGCCAUGAGAAGGGAAAAGGAAGGAAUCAGUUUGUGUGUGGUGCUCUUCGCUGUCGUAUGGAGUGUGGAAAGGAAUUCUCUGUAGGCUCUGGGCUGAAUGAUGCCCAGAGGCGGAAACCCCCGAAGAUCGGCGCCAUCAUCACAUACCGAUUCCAGGAAUACACAAACAGCGGUUCCCCACGGUUCCCCACAUUUGUUGGAAUUAGGAUCGAUGCAGAUGGACCUAAAGAUGUUAUACUUCCUGAUAAACCCAGUGAUGACUGACCUAGUUUUGAGGGGGAACACAAGACACUGCCAGAAAACACAAGCCGUGACAAUUUCUUCACAAAUUCAUUGAUCAGAGAUCUUCAUUUACUAAGAAGGAACUGUAACGUCAAGUUGCUGCUUUGAGGAGUAUUGUCAGCACUAGAUGAGAAUUGUCAGCACAAGUGGAGUGUUGUCAACACUAGAGGAGUAUUGUCAAUUCUAGAGGAGUAUUGUCAAUUCUAGAGGAGUAUUGUCAGCACUAGAGGAUUAUCUUCAGCUCCAAGGUGAUCAUGUCACAGCAAUAUUCGAUCUUUUCCAGUUCAUAAUCAUGUGGGGCCAGGAAAACCCUGAGGUUGAUAGCAGGAGCAACUGUCAAGCACCAUGACAAGGAAACAUUCAGAUCACACACUGUAGCCACAUCUUCACCCAGUAAUGCUAGACUAACGCUUAGUCUCUGAAUAUGUAUAAUCGUGAUAGAAACAAACAAUUCUUUUUUAAUUAAAAAGAAGUCCCAGUGAGAUGGGAGAUUCAGAAUCUGAAGUUAUCAAGACUUGCUUCAUUUAGGGCAUUAGCAAUUCAAAAGGGAACAUUAUGUGAUUCCGGGACUGUGAGACUGACUACCAGCAACCUCCAUAUCUCCACCAUUAUGACAAGGACUACGAAGAACCCCCAUAUCUCCACCAUUAUGACAAGGACUACGAAGAACCCCCAUAUCUCCACUGGAAUAACUAUUACCUCUUUUAAUAUUUCUGUUCCAGUCAUAAUUUCCAGUUUAUUAGAAUAUGUUAUCUUAAAAACACUUAUCUUUCUACCAACUACAAAUGCUAUCACAGAUUACUGCAAUAAACAGUGUCCCAUUGACUUGAUGAAAUCAUAAAAUCAAUAUGGGUAAAACUUUGCUCAAGCAUCAUGCCCAUCACUGGCAGAAACUAACAUUGGCAGCUAGUUUUGAGUAAAUCUAAUAAGCAAUUGAUGCAAUUCCUGGUGACUGACCAGAUUACUAUUUGGUCGGUCCCAUUGCUCGUUUAGGGGCAUUGUUUCUGGACAGGUGUUUGCCGUUAUCCUAUCUUGUACAUAGCAAUAGUGUUGAGUGACAGGUGUCACGGUCCACAUGAUGUACAUUACAGUGUGUGUGUGUUAUAGAUGAGUGAUGUCAUUACCAUUGUUACUGUUCUUACUUAUUGUUUGCCUUUUAUUCAUGAAGAUGGUUUUACAUACUUAUUUAUCUCUGUUGAGUAUCUAUUUAAUUGAAUUAAAUUAUUUAUACAGUCCCUUUAAUGUGAUUUUUUUUACAUGUGCACCUAUUGAAGUUAUAUACAUAUUUGUUAUUAAAUUAUUUUUUAGAUUAGUAGAAUUGGAUGCAAUUUUUUGCAUACAUUAUGUGAUAAUUGUUAAACAUUGUAACCAAUAGCAAUCCAGUUCUGUUGAAAAGUGCCAUAAUAAGCAUCUAUUUUGUAUUAUAAUACUUAACAUCUGGGUCUAACACUCAGUCUUGACCUGUCCCACAAAGUGACCUUGAACUAUGACCAUUGUAACUUCUACACUUAAACAUAGUGUUAAGAAGGUCAGAGUGUUUAUUCUGAUUUUUUGAACUGAAAGCAUAAUAAUUACAAAUGUGAUAAUGAUUUAUUGAAUCUGGGGUUUUUUCUUCGGGUAAUUGUGCUUGUGAUAUUGUGUGAGAUACAGGUAUGAAAGGUAUUUUGACCAUUGACCACCAUAUUUCAUUAUCUAUGAAAGAAGAGUAUGCAUUGUAGAAUAACCAAAUAACAUUAUCAUCUGCUCCAGCUAAUGCAAUUUUUAUUAUCAUAUUGUUUUUUAAUGUAUUUUUUACAAAUAAACUGACUGAACAAAUC